CCAAUUUCAAGUCGUUAAACACUUAAUACUUUGCGCGAUCCGCCGAUAUCGUGUAGUUUACUUGAGCGCUUUCUUUAUUUGUCAUCUUAACCUCUUUCGAGCAACGGAAAUGUCAGACAAUACCUUCCCGAUCUUUAAAGUGGAUGAAAUUGUAAACUUUUAUCGCAAUGAAGUCCUCACAGGUCAGGAGGCUAAGCAUUUCACCAGGAAUGAUCUCACGCCGACUCCAAAGCCACUGUCAGUCCAAAGUCUAUACAUGAAGAUAUUGCAUCUCGUGUAUCGUUUCAGACCAGAGUGCCACUUCAUGGUCCCUAUGGUAGAGAACAUUCAGUGUCCACAAUUUCACGAGUCGUCUGCUGCUAUCAUAAGUGUUUACCUGUGCAUGCAGCAGUUUCUGCCUUUAUGCUUUGUAUACGACUUCUCUCUCAAUGACUUGCUGGCUCCAAAAUUGAAGAGAACUCUCACAAUUUUAAGUGGCAUCAUGAAUUUCAUUCACUUCAGGAAGCCGAGGCUGGAAAUAACGUUGGAGACUCUGGGCAGAUUUAAGGCAGAUACAGACAUGUUACAGGGUCUUUCUAAAGGCAUAAAUACAUUAGAACAGAAGAUUGAGACCCUGACAACCCUCCCUCCAGAGCAGAAGGCAGAGGCCUUGGAGUUGGACGCUGUUCUGUCUGAGCUUCAGACUGCAACCGUGAAUGAAUACCAGGAAGUGAAUGGAAUUAAUGAUGUCAAUGCAGAAGUGAAAACCACAAUUGCUGAAAGGACUCAGAAACUGGCACAGCUGAAGUUGGAUUUGAGCAACUCAAAGGAAGAGUUGAGCAAGCUCAAGUCUCAGAUUGUGGAGUCACCAGAGGAGCUGAAGAGCCAAAUGGAGAAAAUGAGGGAGAACGUAAAGAGCAUCAAAAGUUCCAUUAAACACUGUGAUGAGCGUAUGAUGGAGCUGCAGAACACGAUACAGUGUGUGAACCACUAUGAGGUUGACGUUCAUCUGAUGAGCAAACUACUGCAGGAUCUGCAGAGUGGCUUGAGCAACACCAAGCAACAACAGGAGGAGGUCCAGGAGCUGACAGCUCUGUAUGAGAAGCAGAAGAAGGAGCUAAAGAAUCUAGGCACUGAGGAGGUCCAGAUUAAGAGAGCUCUGACCAUGAAGCUGGACAAGGAGUCCAAACAGCAAAUUCGCAGACAGAAGAAGAAAGAGAUGAUGGCGCAUCGUGUAAACGAUGUUUUGGGGCAGUGUGACCAGAUUCAUCAGAAGCGUGAGGAGAUGGUUGAGCGAAUCCAAGAGAUCACCAGGGAAACCCAGCAGCUGAAGGCCAAGAUCCAGUGCUUGAGGGACACUUGCAGCAAAGAGACAGAAAAGGCACAGGCUCUGUAUGACAAUCUGUCAGCCUCCCUGGAUGAGCUACACAGGAGGAUUGAGAGACAUGUUUUGGACAUAUAUGUAGGUAAAGCCAAGACUUCAGCAACUUUUUAGAUGUCAGUUUUUUGAAUGACUGUAGUUCAUUUAGCUUUUAUGUCUUUGCAAAACAAGAACAAUGGAACCACGACAAGUGAUCAUUUGUGAAAUUUGAAGUGUUACCAUUGUACGACACAAACCCUUUCCCUUUUGUAAAUGCUGUCACAACUUGAUCGAUUGAUUUUG